UUUUAUAUGUGUAUUACAGUGAAAGUGAAACCUGCGCCAUAGCAAACAGAAAACACCAGCAGUUUUUUUUUAAUAUUUAAGAAUUAAACAUAAAGUAUAAAUUAUCAAGCAAAACAAAAUGUGUGGGGGCUUUACCUGCUCGAAAAAUGCGCUAAUUGCGCUUAACAUUCUAUAUGUGAUGAUUGGUUUCUUACUGAUUGGCGUUGGGGUCUAUGCUCGAGCGGCCUCCGUUGUCACAAAUCUACCAAUCGUUGGAGGAAUCCUCGCCUGCGGCGUUAUACUCAUCUGCAUAUCUAUGCUGGGCCUUGCUGGCGCCGUCAAGCAUCAUCAAGUGAUGCUCUUCUUCUACAUGAUCAUUCUGUUCAUGCUCUUCCUCAUUCAGUUCUCCAUUGCCAGCUCGUGCCUGGCCGUCAAUUCGAUGCAGCAGCAGCAGUUCGCUGAGCAUGGCUGGAAGACGGUGCCACCUCAGUUGCGCAAACAAGUGCAGGACAGUUUUCUCUGCUGCGGCUUCAAUGGCACCACCACCAGCGUCGCCAACAUCAAUAGCAACACCAAUGACGAGGAACCCAGCUGCGAGAUAAUUAACCGAGAAUGCUGCGUGAAUUCGAAGGAUCCGCUCUGCCAUUGCGAACCCUGCGGCCCCUUGUUGGAGGGUAAAAUUGAUUAUGCAUUCAAAUUGUGCGGCGGUCUGGGCAUCUUCUUCAGCUUCACUGAGGUCCUGGCUGUUUUUCUCGCGCGUCGCUAUCGCAACCAGCACGAUCCCUGCUAUUUGCCCGCACGCGCCGUUUUUCCACACAACUAUCAGUACUGAGUGAAGAUGGUGAAGGAGCUGCAAAGAGAUCAAUGAACCGAGGCGCAGGCAACUUUUAGUCAAUGGGAGGAAGGCUGAUUUAUCACAUAUUUUAUAGAAAUCUCCUAGCCUAAACUGAAAAUAACGAACAUUUCAGAGACAUCCUAAAUAGGCUUUAGUAAAGGUCUUCGAAUAGGUGCAUUAGGUGCUUGAUUAGUUCCUCGCUUAAAUUGUUAUGGAGAGAUUAAGUAUCCCACACUUGAGAUUAUAAUUGGUUUGGUGUUCCAUAUGAAUACAAUAUUUGUAAAUUCUUAUAUAAAUUGUACAAUUUUUAUUUUUAUAUAUUUUAGUUAGCUUAUUAUACGUAUUUUUAAUUUGCAACUGGCAACAAUCAUAAAACUCAACUCAAACUGCUGUACCACAAAAAGAUAAACAAAUGAAAGGAAAACCAAAUUAAAAGAAAAGAAAAACUAUAAGUCAUUUCGAACCUGAUAUAAGUGUAGAACCAAGUCAAAUGUAACUAGCAACGGUAACUGUGUUUUCAAAAAAGCGUAACAUAUACAUAAAUGCAACUUAUAUACAUCUACAUAUAUAGAUAUAUAUAUAUACAUAUAAAAUAUACAAUUAUUCAGAUUGACAACUAUAAAAUCAAACUAUAGAUGUUAGAUGUGUGUUAAAAUUUUGAGAUUGCGCUAAAAUUGCAACAGAAAAAAAAAAAAAAAAAAAAAACUCCAGAUACAUGUCAACAAAUAUUAAUGUAUUAAAUUAUCAAACACAUUUCCGAUGAAAAUCUAUCCUAAGCUUUGCUUUUCCUCUGUUGCUUGCUUUUCUCAUUUUCCUUUACUCUCUGAGGAAUAUAUCAAUAAAUUUUUCAAUUACUCAGCGGCGCCUGCUGCUGCCUCCUUUGACUGCACCCACGCAGGCAAUCAGAGAGUGUCUUUCUCUUCUUUUUACACUAUAUGCAACACAUACACACACGCACACCCACACACAGACCACAACCAACAUGUUGAAAUAGUUUUUCCUCUUGCUUUUCGUUUCGUAUUUCCUUUCAAAGCUACAAAGAAACCAUUAAAUAAAAUUUCUCUGUAUUCUGUGCUGUGAUUGAAGUAAAUAUGAUCUUUAAAAACCAAAUAAA